AUGGAAUCACCACCGGACGUCGGCGUCGUCUUCGAUCACGGCUCCCGCAUUACCCACGGCGAUGCCGCCAAUGUCAAGAAGCCCUUCGACGCUGUGGCCUUGACCAUGCAUGAGCUCUCGCCUUCAACAGACUAUCGCCUGCCCAGACAUAUCCACAUGAGCAUCGACACGACGAGGCUGGUCGACGAAAGGAUCAUGAUCCUCCACGGCGUGGGACUCGUCGAGAUGGCUGGCGAGGUAUUUGCUGUGGCUCCAGGCUCGCUGGUCACUACAGUCGGUGGCGUGCCACAUACAUUCACUGCAUGUCCUGCUGGCGUGAGACUGCCUCAUGGAAUCGUUUCCACUGGUACUUUUACAAUGGUCUACGAGUACGAGGAGCCAACGUCGUUCUUCCCCACCAAGUCGACCACCGUGGUAAAGAACGCCGCGGAUUAUGAGCCUUGGGAGGGUUCUUUGGAUGAGAUCAAGUUUCCGAAGCUCACUGCUGGAGAGGUGUCGAGAAAGGGAGAGUAG